CUAUGCGCGUUGAUCAAUGUAAAUGGCAUCCUGGCCUAUACGUUGUUCGACUCAGGGAGCACUACCGACUCAGUAUCUCCGGAAUUCGCCCACAUAUCUAGGGCGAAGAUGGUGAAACUCAGUGAACAGGUAGUGCUGCAGUUGGGAUGCUCAGGCAGCAGAUCUAAGAUCAGCUACGGUACCUGGGUACCCAUCCAGUUUGGACCUAUCGCGGACACCAUGUAUUUCGACAUAGUGAACCUCGAUCGGUACGAUUGUGUUAUUGGCACUCCCUUCAUGAAUGCCCACGGAAUUAAGCUGGACUUUGAACAACGAGCGAUCAUUGUCAAAGGCCAGACUUGUUCCGCAUUCACCAAUGAAGAAGACUCAGCA